GUCUGCCGUGGCGGCUCGCGAGCUCGGAUGUGUGUUCUGGAGGAGUGACACGUGCUGAAGAAAAUAUAUUUUAAAAAUCACAAAAAAAUAGCGAGCACAUCCAGGACUUUUAUUUUAUUUUAACAUUUUUACUGUACAUACUUUUAAGGUGGAUUUUUGUUUCUCAAUCCUUACUUGAAGUGGGAAGGCGUCCACAUUUUAAUAGCGACCAUGGGAAGAGGAGAAGGACGCGAGCAGUAUGAGCUGGCUGCAACCUCCGAGCAGGGUGGCAAGAAGAAGGGGAAGGGGAAGAAAAAAGAGAAGGAUAUGGAUGAGCUGAAAAAGGAAGUGGACAUGGAUGAUCACAAGCUGACUCUGGAUGAGCUCAAUCGCAAAUACGGAACAGACCUCACCAACGGUUUGACUAGUGCGAAGGCUGCUGAGAUUCUGGCCCGUGAUGGACCAAAUGCCCUCACUCCUCCUCCCACCACCCCAGAGUGGGUCAAAUUCUGCAAACAGAUGUUUGGUGGGUUCUCCAUGCUUCUGUGGACCGGUGCCAUCCUCUGUUUUCUGGCCUAUGGUAUCCAGGCUGCAAUGGAGGAGGAGCCUGCAAAUGAUAACUUGUAUCUUGGUGUUGUGCUUUCUGCUGUCGUCAUCAUCACUGGUUGCUUCUCCUACUACCAAGAGGCCAAGAGCUCAAAGAUCAUGGACUCCUUCAAGAACCUGGUCCCACAGCAAGCCCUGGUCGUCCGUGACGGUGAGAAGAAGAGCCUCAAUGCCGAGGAGGUGGUUGUUGGUGAUUUAGUGGAGGUGAAAGGUGGAGACAGGAUCCCUGCUGAUCUGAGGAUCAUCUCAGCACAUGGCUGCAAGGUGGACAACUCCUCGCUGACUGGAGAAUCAGAGCCACAGACUCGUACUCCUGACUUCUCCAAUGAGAACCCACUGGAGACCAGGAACAUCGCUUUCUUCUCCACCAACUGUGUUGAAGGAACUGCUCGUGGUAUUGUGAUCAGCACUGGAGAUCGCACGGUAAUGGGUCGUAUUGCCACACUAGCCUCUGGACUUGAGGUUGGACGCACCCCCAUCUCGAUCGAAAUCGAGCACUUCAUCCACAUCAUCACAGGUGUGGCCGUCUUCCUUGGCGUCUCCUUCUUUAUCCUCUCACUUAUACUUGGAUACAGCUGGUUAGAGGCCGUCAUCUUCCUCAUCGGUAUCAUUGUCGCCAACGUGCCAGAAGGUCUCCUGGCUACUGUCACUGUGUGUCUGACCCUGACCGCCAAGCGCAUGGCCAAGAAGAACUGCCUGGUGAAGAACUUGGAAGCUGUGGAGACUCUGGGCUCCACCUCCACCAUCUGCUCGGACAAGACCGGCACCCUGACCCAGAACAGGAUGACCGUUGCUCACAUGUGGUUCGACAACCAGAUCCACGAGGCUGAUACCACCGAGAACCAGAGUGGGACCUCCUUUGACAGGAGCUCGGCCACCUGGGGUGCUCUGGCCAGAAUUGCUGGACUCUGCAACCGUGCCGUUUUCCUGGCUGAGCAGAGCAAUAUUCCCAUUCUAAAGAGAGAUGUAGCUGGUGACGCCUCUGAGUCGGCUCUGCUGAAAUGCAUUGAACUUUGCUGUGGAUCAGUUCAGGAAAUGAGAGAGAAAACUCCCAAAAUUGCUGAGAUCCCAUUCAACUCCACCAACAAGUACCAGCUUUCCAUUCACAAAAAUACCUUGCCUGAGGGAGAGUCUAAGCACUUGCUGGUGAUGAAAGGUGCCCCAGAGAGGAUUCUGGACCGCUGCUCUACUAUCAUGAUGCAGGGCAAAGAGCAGCCUCUGGACGAUGAGAUGAAAGACGCUUUCCAGAACGCCUAUCUGGAACUAGGUGGUUUGGGAGAGAGAGUCCUGGGUUUCUGUCAUUACAACCUACCUGAUGAACAAUUUCCAGACGACUUUGCUUUUGAUACUGAUGAGGUGAACUUCCCCACUGAGAACCUUUGCUUCAUUGGUCUCAUGUCCAUGAUCGACCCUCCUCGUGCUGCUGUGCCUGAUGCUGUCGGCAAAUGCAGGAGUGCUGGGAUCAAGGUUAUCAUGGUCACUGGUGAUCAUCCAAUCACUGCUAAGGCCAUUGCUAAGGGUGUGGGUAUCAUCUCUGAAGGCAACGAGACUGUUGAAGACAUUGCUGCACGUCUGAACAUCCCAAUCAACGAAGUCAACCCAAGGGACGCCAAGGCCUGUGUCGUCCAUGGUGGGGACCUGAAGGAUCUGACCGCAGAACAGCUUGAUGACAUCCUGAAGUACCACACUGAGAUUGUUUUUGCCAGAACCUCCCCACAACAAAAGCUGAUCAUCGUGGAGGGCUGCCAGAGACAGGGAGCCAUUGUGGCCGUGACAGGUGACGGUGUGAAUGAUUCUCCGGCUCUGAAGAAGGCUGACAUUGGUGUUGCCAUGGGAAUCGCUGGAUCCGACGUGUCCAAGCAGGCGGCUGACAUGAUUCUACUGGACGACAACUUUGCCUCCAUCGUUACCGGUGUGGAAGAAGGCCGUCUGAUCUUUGACAACUUGAAGAAGUCCAUCGCCUACACUCUGACCAGUAACAUCCCUGAGAUCACCCCCUUCCUCCUCUUUAUCAUUGCCAGCAUUCCUCUGCCUCUGGGAACCGUCACCAUCCUGUGUAUCGACCUGGGAACUGACAUGGUGCCUGCUAUCUCGCUGGCUUAUGAAGCAGCUGAGAGCGACAUCAUGAAGAGACAGCCCAGAAACCCCAAAACAGACAAACUGGUGAACGAGAGGCUCAUCAGCAUAGCCUAUGGACAAAUUGGUAUGAUCCAGGCACUGGCAGGUUUCUUCACCUACUUUGUGAUUCUGGCUGAAAACGGCUUCCUGCCCUCCACCCUGCUGGGCAUCCGUGUGUCCUGGGAUAAUAAAUACAUUAAUGACCUGGAGGACAGCUACGGGCAGCAGUGGACUUAUGAGCAGAGGAAGAUCGUGGAGUUCACCUGCCACACGGCCUUCUUCGCCAGCAUCGUCAUCGUGCAGUGGGCUGAUCUGAUCAUCUGUAAGACCAGGAGGAACUCUGUCUUCCAGCAGGGCAUGAAGAACAAAAUCCUGAUCUUCGGGCUUUUUGAGGAGACAGCCCUGGCUGCUUUCCUGUCCUACUGCCCAGGCAUGGAUGUUGCCCUCAGGAUGUACCCACUCAAGCCCAACUGGUGGUUCUGCGCCUUCCCCUACUCCCUGCUCAUCUUUAUCUAUGAUGAAAUCCGUAAGCUGAUCCUUCGACGCAGCCCGGGAGGUUGGGUGGAACGCGAGACCUAUUAUUAAAGACCCAUCAGUCCGGUCAGCUCGCAUCUUCUCCUCCACACCCGUUCAUUGCAUGAAUAUUGUCUUGCUGCUCGGAAUAAAAUUUUAACCUUUUGUGGAAAAAUAAGAAAAAAUUGGAACUUGUUUUUAUAUUAGGGAAUGCUUGAUACUACUAUUAGACAUACUGAGAUGGAACGUGCUGAUGAUGAUGCUGAUAAUGAUAAUGCUAGUAAUGAUAUGAACACUGAACAAUGACAUGACUAUGCGUGCCUUGUUUCUGAAACAGGACCAAUUUUAUACAUGUUUUUAACUCUUAAACAUUCAAUAAAAAUGCGCUCGAGUCAGGUCCCACAGAAGUUUCCUGUGCUCAUUUGUCAUGUUCAUAACUCAACGGAUCAUAUUGUUUGCCUUACUAUUGGCUUUUCCAUUCAAAAGUCUCAAAUGAUCUCAUGUAGUAUCUGACACACUUAAGUGUACCGACAUUGUGUUUGGCAUUUGUUUUUGCUUCGUUUGAACGAACACGCCGCCCUGGCAGAGCUCAUGUUUACAAACAUAAUGAGCCAUAUGCUGUAUUCCAGAAUUGUUUUUUUUUUUAUUGUUUGCCUUUACAUGUUAAUAGUAACAAUGCUUUUUAUUAAAGUCUAUGAAGAUGGUUGUUAGAAAUGACGUUAAGGUAACUCUCAAGUGACUGAAAUGAUUCACUAGAUGAGGUGACCGGAGCUGAGGUUUCCUGCUGGUUGUGGUACAGUGACAAACAGACAAAUGUGACACUGAUGUAUGUUUUCUCCCCUUUGUUUUUAGCACGUGGGAUCACCCUAAUUACAGUUAAGUAGAGGAAAAUCCAUGCUUAGUCUUAAUUAAUCAAUCCUACACAAAUACAAAGGAUUAUGGACCUUAUUAUGGACUGUGUUCAUUCAAUGUUCUCUCUUGCCCGUUUCUCAAGGAUGCACUGGUAACUCCAAAGUACUAGUACAUACGAGGUAUUCAAACAGAAACCUUAAUGUGGAAAUAUUGUAGUUAGUAACUGUUUGAAUGGAAUCAGUGGUGGAAAGCAACAAAGUACAUUUACUUAAGUCCACUUGGAAUUGAAUUUGUGCAUGAGCAUUUCCAUCUUUUAGGCCGAAAUCCUACUCGAGCCCAUGACACACUACAUGUGCUAACUGUCUGAUAACUUUCAAAACCUUGACGGGCAGAAAUCACUCAACAGGAUGUAGUAAUAACCCAAAGUAUACAGACUGGAUGAGAAUAUGGCGUGUUCACCUGCAUCAUUACCAGCUGAAACAUCCAAGUGAUAAAUGUCGUAAAUCAGUGAUAAAUAUAAUGCAAUCAUAUCUUAACCUCCUUUGACUUUCACUACAUCAAAUAUGUUUGAUUUCUCUUGAGUAACAUUUCAGCAGUAACACGACUACACUGCAGUAGAUGUUUUACUUCAACUUUAGUAAAUGAUCUCUGUUCCGUUUCCACCACUGUUACUUUCUGGGAGUUUAUAUUUUGUAUCCAAAACAUUUUUGGUGCACUUCUAGUAUUUUUUUCUUUCUGUUAAAAACUUGAUUUAGAUUUAUAUUCAAUAAACACAGGAUGAUUAAAUAGUACUUGACUCUGGAAACCUAAUCAUUAAUUGUUGUUUGUGAUCAACUCUCCUUGUCAAAUAAACUGAACUCAGAGAAAUA